CUGGCCACUGCUUCUAAUUAGCCUGCCCGCUGCCCCUACCAUCGAUGCGCUCUGCAACUGCUGAGCUCAAUCCCCUCAGCCCGGCCGCCGCUGACCUCGCCGCCCCCGGCUCCGCCCCGACUGCCGUGUCCCUGGCGCCCACUGCUCCGCCCCGGCUGCUGCACCCCCGGCCCAACGCUGCGGGUUGCAACCGCCUAGCUCAGUCCCCGCCGCCGCCGACCGCUGUCCCCGCCGCCCCCGUAUCAGCCCCGACCCCACUAACUCCGCCCCCGAACGUCCCGUCCCCUGUCGUCGCGCUGCCCACUGGCUCCGCCCCGACUAUCGCGUCUCCGGCUGCCGCCGGGCGCCGUCCCCGCCGCCCCCAGGCUCAUACCUGACCACCGCAUCCCUGCACCGACGGGCUCGGGCUUAGCCCCAGCUGCCGCCGAGCGCCGUCUGCGAAGUCAAAUUCGGCCGUCGCUGCACCUCCGCCCUCGCUAAGUAACCGCUGCUUUCAUUCCCCUCUCAUUUGCAUCAGAAAUGGCAGCCACUACACCUGAAUUUGCAGGGACUUCGGGUCGGUAUUAAUGGCGGCCAUGGGGCGCGCUCUAUUUAGUCCCUUCUUCCACACGGUUCUUCCUCACCCCUGCGUCUUGCCGGAUUCCAGGAGCCAUUCCAAGGGAUUUGCAGGCCGCUUUCUCAUAUUUAUUUGUUUUCUGAAGUUCGAGCGCAGCAGCAGCAAGCGGAAUUAUGUCGGAUUUUUGUGCGAAUUGAUUUCAUCUAUAUCAGCGAACUCUCUCCUGACAGUUGCAGACUUAUACUGUAGUCCAUGCAAACAGUAUUGCACGAGAGUAUUCAUGUCCAGACAGCUUGGAGAGCAUCAAUGUAAGAAGUUAUGGGACAACAGCGCCGUCCUUGGCUUGGGUGGAAGAUUAUUCGAAGGCUCAAACAAUUCAGAGAAGGCGGAGAGCGAGAACAAACAUCGCUAAAAUGGAAAAAAUUGAGAAUUUUACCUGGAGUUGAUCGUUUAGUCAUCGAGUGUCUGGCUUAAUUCCCUGUCAGGGGACACAGCCUUGUUCGUUUUCCCACUGCCUGCUUCCCACGGAUCCACGAAUGGGGCUUGCCGGGGGCGGUGAGGCUUGGGUUUGGAAGUGGGGGAGCAAUUCUAGGUGCUGCUGACCGAUAAAAAUCAGAGAGAGGACACGGCUUAGCAUGUUGACAUCAUUAAAAAAAAUAGUCACAAGACACUGUUAUUUUCCAGCUUUUGUCGAAACACACCACCGGAUUGCGCUUUUGCCCAAUAUCAUUACAAUUUUGUUUCGUGGUCAUUUUCCACAACA